CGAUUCGUCAUGACCGUUUCAGUAUGAUCUCAAUGUCAGUCGCCGGUGAGGAUUCUAAUAGACCGGUAGUGUCGUUUACGUGUUGUUCCUUGAAAAUAUCGGUUUGAUCUAAAAACAUCGUUACUUCGCCCAGCACAAUCAUGCGUACCAAACUGACUCUGGAGCAGCUGAACGCGCUCAGCCCAACGGAAUUUCACAAGGUUUUCGAAAAUGUCGUCGAGUGUUGGCCCGAGGCGGCUAUUUUUUGCUCGGCGAUGUUGCCCUUCAAGAAUUUCGACACAAUGAUCUACCUGUUCGAAAAUUACCUGCAAAGGCUGAGCGAUGAAAACAAGCUUCGAAUCCUUCGGUUGCACCCCGAUUUGGCAGGUAAACUGCUGGACACCCAUCAGCUAACGGAGGAAUCCAGCUACGAGCAAGCAUCCGUUGGAUUGGAUAAACUCACAGCGGAGGAUAAGCAACGGCUAACGGAUUUGAAUGAACAGUACAAGCGAAAGUUUGAAUUUCCGUUCGUGAUUUGCGUACGAGAAGCCUCCAAAUUCGAUGCCAUCCUCAAGGGAGUCACCGAAAGGAUGAGCAAUGGACCGGCAGUGGAAUUGGAGAUCGCAAUCGGGGAGGUGAAAAAAAUUUGUCGGUUGCGAAUUCUUGAGUUAGUCAAUAAGUUAUAGAUAUUUUGAUUGAUUUAUACUGACUGGAAAUCAUUUCGAUUUAAUACGGCAUUCCAUGUUUUAAAUUAUUGUACUCAACUUUUUAAAAUAGGAAAUCUUGAAACUUUACAUAAAAAUAAAUUUCUAACAUCAACUACAA